AUGGCAUCGAAUAACUUUGUCUCCAAUCUUGUCACGGCCGAUCCAGGCCUGCCGCGACCCAACCCUACUCAGUCUUAUUGGCAGCACAUUCCACAUGCUCUGGCCGAUGUCCAAUCCUCGACUUUGCCCAAUGACCGAGACUUUGCCAUCAUUGGGUCGGGAAUCACGGGACUAGCAGUAGCCAAGACGCUCUUAGAACGACACCCGACUGCCACAGUAACUGUUCUGGAGGCUCGUACGCUUUGUUCUGGAGCGACUGGGCGCAAUGGUGGUCAGAUGGCCGCCAAUGCUGGAGAGGAGUAUAUGCAUCUAGCUGAGACCCAUGGACCAGAAACAGCAGGGAAGAUUGUGGAUUUCACGUUUCGCAACUUGGAGAAGAUGCAGGAGCUGAUUGAAGCGUACGAUGCUGCGGAAGUUAGCGAGAUGCAACGUCUGCGGAAGCUACGAGUGUUUUUGACCCCGAAGAAGUUUGAAGAUUUCAAGGCAAGUAUUGCACGCCUGGAACAGGAUCAUCCUUCUAAAAAAGGAUUGUAUGUCAUUCUGGAUGCGGACGCAGUAGGUCAGGAAUAUGGAAUUCAUGGUACAGCUGGAGGGGCUCUUCUCUCGGCUGGAACAGUCUGGCCAUAUCGUCUUAUCACCAAAGCUUUUGCAGCACUCCUGGAAAAAUACCCAGAUCGACUGACAAUUGAGACACAUACCCCUGUUGAGUCUGUGGAGCACAAAUCGAUGUUCGCCUCGCCCAUCACGACUGAUCUCCCCUAUACUUUGCACACUUCUCGCGGUCCACUGUGGGCAAGGACUCUGGUCCACUGUACCAAUGGGUACAGCGGACACCUUCUCCCCAAGCUGAGGGGGCUUGUUCAUCCUUUCAAGGGUACGAUGACGGUCCAAGAUCCAAAGGACUCUGUGCCAAACCAAGGCACCUCUGUAUCAUGGGGCUUCCAUUAUACCCCUUCUUACGAUCCCGAAACGAAGCGGCAUGGACAUGGAUUGUAUUAUCUGGGACAAAGCGCCAAGACAGGGUACUUCUACUUUGGAGGCGAGAAUGCACGCAUCGAGGAGUCGGUGUCUGCCGAUGAUACCUUUGUGGCUGAGCACUCUGUUACUCACCUCCAGUCGGUACUGCCACGAUUCUUCGGCAAAACUGAUCAAUCAAACUGGGGCCUGGUGGGUUCGUGGAGUGGUAUCAUGGGCUUCUCAUCCGAUGGUCUUCCAAUAGUUGGGAGACUUCCAUCCACACUGACAGGACGGAAAGGCGAUAAUGAGUGGAUUGCUGCUGCAUUCAAUGGCUAUGGAAUGGCAAAUUGCUUAAUGAGCGGUGAGGCGCUUGCUUUGAUGAUGCUUGGCGAGGAUGUCAGCCAAUGGCUUCCCAUUGCAUAUGGACUUAGCAAGAAGAGACUUCAGGGGUCGCUGACUAUCUCAGAAGCUGUCAGCGCCCUGGGCUCAUAG